AUGGCAUCUUGGAUUCCCCCGUCUCUUGCUGGAUCUGCGCGCCGCGCUAACAUCUUGAAGACGUGGCGGCACGCGAUUGCAGUGCGCGUGGGACGCUUUAACGAGGAAGAGCAGUGCGCUAUGCGCUCCCCCCGUGCGUCGCUCGGCUUCUCCCCUCUGCGACCCAAGCCCGUGGCUAAGCCGCCCAGCAAGAAGCCCAGGCCCAGGGAUGUGAUGGGUACCGCUGCUGCUGUGAAGCCCAGAGCGGUGCAGAGCGGUCAAGUGGCCGUCGCAGCUGCAGCAUUCAACGCCACGCCAGCAAAGGCGACACCAGCAAAGACGACGCUGGCUAAGUUGACGCCAGCCAAGGCGGCGCCAGCCAAAGCGACGCCAACUAAGGCGACGCCAGCUAAGGUGGCGCCAGUUAAGGUGACCCCAGCCAAGGCGUCGCCAGCUAAGGUGGCGCCAUCAACCAAGGCCGUGCCAGCUAAGGCGCCAGCAUCUAAUGUGACACCUGCAGGCCCUAUUGCGAUGGGUGUUGUGGGAGAGGUGGAGGAAUGUGGUGAGAUGGAAUGGGGAGGCAUGGCAUGA